CAGAAGGAAGCUGUGGUUUCUGGUCUUCCUGCUUGCUCAUGUUUUUUUUCAGAGGGAGGGCUAACAUCUGACCAUAUUUUUCAACAAGUUCAAGAGAGAGUAGAGAAUGCACCAGAAGGUGAGGAACCAGAAUUCCUCCAAAGAAAUUGCUCCUCAAACUGAGUCUCCAACGGGGUAUUCCAUGGAGAAUGAGCCUGGAAUUGUGUCGCCAUUUAAACGAGUAUUCCUAAAAGGUGAAAAGAGUAGAGAUAAGAAAGCCCAUGAGAAGGUGACAGAGAGGCGCCCUCUGCACACUGUGGUGCUGUCAUUACCCGAGCGCGUCGAGCCAGACAGACUGCUGAGCGACUAUAUUGAGAAGGAGGUAAAGUAUUUAGGUCAGUUAACAUCUAUACCAGGAUACCUGAAUCCCUCCAGUAGGACUGAAAUCCUGCAUUUCAUAGACAAUGCAAAGCGAGCCCACCUGCUUCCUGGACACCUGACCCAGGAACACGAUGCUGUGCUCAGCCUGUCUGCCUACAAUGUCAAGCUGGCCUGGAGGGAUGGGGAGGACAUCAUCCUCAGGGUGCCCAUCCACGACAUUGCUGCUGUCUCCUAUGUCCGAGAUGAUGCCGCACACCUGGUGGUCUUAAAGACAGCCCAGGAUCCGGGUAUCUCCCCAAGCCAGAGUCUGUGUGCGGAAAGUUCCAGAGGCCUCAGUUCAGGCUCCCUGUCGGAGAGUGCAGUGGGGCCAGUGGAAGCAUGCUGCCUGGUCAUCCUGGCUGCAGAGAGCAAGGUUGCCGCUGAAGAGCUAUGCUCCCUGCUUGGUCAGGUCUUCCAGAUUGUUUACACGGAGUCCACCAUCGACUUUCUGGACCGAGCAAUAUUUGAUGGGGCCUCUACACCCACCCACCACUUAUCCCUGCACAGCGAUGACUCUUCCACAAAAGUGGAUAUUAAGGAGACCUACGAUGCAGAAGCCAGCACCUUCUGCUUCUCUGACUCUGUGGAUGCUAGUGGCCUGCCGCCCUUGUCCUUCUGCAUGCAGGCAUCACCCCACGGCAAGACUGUCAGUGAGAGUGAGUUGAGUACCAGUGCCACAGAGCUGCUACAGGACUACAUGCAGACGCUGCGCACUAAGCUGUCGUCGCAGGAGAUCCAGCAAUUUGCUGCGCUGCUGCAUGAGUACCGCAAUGGGGCCUCCAUUCAUGAGUUUUGUAUUAGCCUACGGCAGCUCUAUGGAGACAGUCGCAAGUUCCUGCUGCUUGGUCUGAGGCCCUUCAUCCCAGAGAAGGACAGCCAGCACUUCGAGAACUUCCUAGAGACCAUUGGUGUGAAAGACGGCCGUGGCAUCAUCACUGACAGCUUUGGCAGGCACCGGCGGGCCCUGAGCACCACAUCCACCUCUACCACCAAUGGGAACAGGGCCACAGGCAGUCCCGAUGACCGGUCAGCACCCUCAGAGGGGGAUGAAUGGGACCGCAUGAUCUCAGACAUCAGUAGUGACAUCGAGGCGUUGGGCUGCAGCAUGGACCAGGAUUCAGUGUGAUGGGCAGUGGAGCACCCAUCCCUACCAUCCCAGGCCUCCCCAGGAGUUGACCUGAGUAUUAGCCCUUCCUGCUGGCUAGGAGCUGGGGAGCGGCUGCAGGCACAGGUGGCCCUGGGCGGCCAGGUCCUCUACUGUGAAAGAGCACAGAGCUGCCGCAGGACAUGCCCUGAUCCAGGGCGGAAGGCUCUGUGCCUCAUCCUCUGGGGCUCAGCCAUACCCUGCACCUCCUGCUCUGGGAGGGCCAGGCCAAGCUGGCAAGGAGAGCCAGUCCUGAUAGCCUGGCCCUGGACAGCUGUCAAUUUUGCACAUGAUGUUCCUGUUGUUAACUCUCAGAGACCUUAAAAAUGUUUACUGCAAUGUGAAUAAUUUAAUCUCUGGUUACCAAACA